AUGGUUAGGAACAUCGUCAUUCUAUCGGGGAACUCCCAUCCUACCCUCGCGGAGUCCGUAUGUAAUAUGCUUGGAGUCCCCAGCGGGAACCGCAUAUUAAGCAAAUUCUCUGUUGGCGAGACCCGCUGCGAGAUCCAAGAUUCUGUACGAGGCAAAGAUGUUUUCAUCAUCCAAUCCGGAGGUGGUUCCGUGAACGACCACUUAAUAGAACUAUGCAUUAUGAUAUCCGCCUGCAAGACGGGCUCGGCUAAGCGUGUUACCGCUGUACUUCCGUUGUUUCCCUAUUCACGACAACCAGAUUUACCCUACAACAAGGUCGGGGCACCAUUGUCAAAACCUCCAUCCGAAGUUCCAAAUGGGAAGUACACAUUCGAGAGCGUCCCAGCUACACCGGCGCCCGGCAUCAUUAAGAGUGCAGGUUUCAACAGAGAGACAGACUUGGCCAGAGUGAUGAGCAAAACGUCCCUUACUAAUGGAGCUGGGAAUGGCCUCCCUCGUAGUAAUAGCGAAAACUACUUCAACGCGAACGGUAGCACAAAUGGAAGCACGAAUGGAGAGACUCAGAAUCAUCACACUCUUACCCACUCACGUGCGGGUAGCUAUACGACUCAUGACUACGAGAACCCGGGACUGAUAUCGACCUUCCAAGCCAAACCGGGAUACAAGAGAUGGGUUGCGCAGGCUGGAACUCUGGUGGCAGAUCUAUUGACCUGUGCCGGUGCAGACCACGUUGUUGCCCUGGAUCUUCAUGAUCCUCAAUACCAGGGCUUUUUCGAUAUUCCGAUGGAUAAUCUUUACGGGCGUCCCCUACUAAAGCGAUACAUCCAACAGAAUAUUCCCGAUUACAAGGAUGCCGUGAUUGUGAGUCCGGAUGCUGGAGGUGCGAAGCGAGCCACUGCUAUCGCCGAUAGCUUGGGCAUGGAUUUUGCCCUCAUCCAUAAGGAACGACGACCAACGCGGAUUACGGAUCGACAAAAUGCGACGAUGAUGCUCGUAGGAAAUGUUGCCAACCGAGUCUGUAUUCUGAUUGAUGACUUGGCUGAUACAGCCAACACGAUCACACGUGCUGCGAAACUCGUACGAAAGGAGGGAGCGACAGCUGUCUAUGCACUCUUGACUCAUGGCGUGUUCAGCGGCGACGCAAUUGCUCGCAUCAACGCUUCCGCUAUAGACAAGAUAGUUGUGACCAACUCGGUUCCACAGGACGAGCACAAGAGAUUAUGUCACAAACUUGAAGUGCUAGACGUUGCGCCUAUAUUCGCCGAGGCUGUUCGUCGCAUUCAUCACGGUGAAUCUAUUAGCGUCCUGUUUCAGUAUGACUGA